AUGGCUGACAAUCGUCGCCCUCGCGUCUUCCUUGAGGUCCAAAUUGGAAAGAAGAAUGAGGGUCGCAUCGUCCUUGAGUUGUUCAAUGACAGCUCCAUCUUCCACCGAGUGAUCAAGCAGUUUAUGAUCCAGGGUGGUGACUUUACUGCCUUCAACGGUACCGGUGGAGAGUCGAUUUAUGGCGAGAAGUUCGAAGAUGAGAACUUUGAACUCAAGCACGACCGUCCCUUCCUGCUGUCGAUGGCCAACUCCGGCCCCGGAACCAACGGCAGCCAAUUCUUCAUCACCACUGUCGAGACCCCUCACCUCGAUGGCAAGCACGUCGUCUUUGGCCAUGUGAUCAACGGCAAGAGUCUGGUGCGGAAGAUUGAGAACAUGCCCACUCAGGCCGAUAAGCCGACUACGGACGUGACCAUCGUGGACUGCGGUGAAUUGACAGGCGAAGAUUACGAGAACGCGGACAAGAAGGUCGUGGACAGCACUGGUGACCCUUACGAAGAUUACCCCGCUGACUACGACGGGGAAUUGAAUGCCUCCCUGGUCUACAAGAUUGCUUCGGAACUCAAGGACCUCGGUAACAAGGCCUUCAAGAAUGGCGACACUCAACUCGGUCUUGAGAAGUACCAGAAGGGUCUCCGCUACCUCAACGAAUAUCCCGAACCGGAGGAGGAAGAUGACAAGGAGCUCGAAGCCCAGAUGAAGGCUCUCCGCUUCACCUUGCACUCCAACUCCGCCCUUCUGGCGAGCAAAGUUGGCCAGUAUAAGGAUGGCAAGACCUGGGCCACAUACGCUCUGGAUACCGCUGCAGCGGCGAACGCAAGUGAUGCCGACAAGGCCAAAGUGUACUAUCGUCGCGCAGUGAACCAGGUCGGUCUGAAGGAGGAAGACGAGGCUCUCAAGGACCUGGAGGAGGCACGGAAGCUCGCACCGGGCGACGCAGCGAUCAUCAACGAGAUCGCUAAGGUUAAGAGGAUUAUCCAGGAGGCGGAGAGGAAGGAGAGGGAGACGAUCAAGAAGUGGUUCUCGUGA